AGAGCAGGUAGGGGGAGGAGUGAAUAGAGCAGGUAGGGGGAGGAGUGAAUAGAGCAGGUAGGGGAGGAGUGAACAGUGUGGGUAGGGGAGGAGUGAACAGUGUGAGUAGGGGAGGAGUGAGCAAAGUCUGCAGGAAGUAAAAGAAGGAGAGUGUGUACAGACGUCUACUUUUUGAAGAAACGGUCGGACAGUUUUUAGCUAAUGUUCUGGAGAAUUCCUCUGAAGGAAACUGAUCAACACCUGGAUCUACAAACACACCUGUAGAACCUGAAGAGAACCUGAGAUCAGAGAGCGAGAACCUUCACACACCUGAAAGUGAAAGUCUGAGUGUUGUAACAGGAAGGAGCAGCAGGGAAAGAAAAUGGCUUCUAAAUCUUUCUUAGUGGAGGAGCUCACCUGUCCUGUGUGUUUUGAGAUCUUCAGGGUUCCUGUGGUUCUGAACUGUAGCCACAGUUUCUGUAAAGAGUGUCUGCAGAAGUUCUGGGAGUCUAAAGGAUCCAGAGAGUGUCCAGUUUGUAGGAGAAAAUCUUCAAAUGAUUCUCCUCCAGUAAACCUGGCUCUGAAGAACCUGUGUGAGAACUUCUUACAGGAGAGAAGUGGGAGAACUUCAGCCGGUUCUGAGACACUCUGCAGUCUGCACGGAGAGAACCUCCGGAUCUUCUGUCUGGAUCAUCAGCAGCCCGUGUGCUGGGUGUGUCAAACCUCGAGGAAACACACCGACCACAGAUUCCGCCCCAUUGAUGAAGCUGCAACCGACUGCAAGGAGGAGCUCAGAACUGCUCUGAAUCCCCUAAAGGAGAAACUGGAGAUCUUUAAAAAGUGUAAACUGAACUGGGAUCAGACUGCAGAUCAUAUAAAGACUCAGGCCCGACGCACAGAGAAGCAGAUUAAGGAGGACUUUGAGAAGCUUCACCAGUUUCUACGAGAUGAAGAGGCAGCCCGGAUCACUGCGCUGAGGGAGGAAGAGGAGCAGAAGAGUCAGAUGAUGAAGAAGAAGAUUGAGAAGAUGAGCAGAGAGAUAUCAGCACUAUCAGACACUAUCAGAGGCGUAGAAGAGGAGAUGGGAGCUGAAGACGUUCCAUUCCUACAGAACUAUAAGACCACAGUGGAAAGAACCCAGUGCACACUGCAGGAUCCAGAGAGCCAAUCAGGAGCUCUGCUCAACGUGGAGAAACAUCUGUCCAACCUGAAGUUCAGCGUCUGGAAGAAGAUGCAGGAGAUCCUUCAGUUUACUCCUGUAACUCUGGAUCUGAACUCUGCUCAUCCUAAUCUCAUCGUAUCUGAAGAUCUGAUCAGUGUGAGAUUCAGUCCUGAUAAUCUGCAGCUUCCUGAUAAUCCAGAGAGAUUUGAUGAUUAUAGUUUAUGUGUUGUUGGAUCUGAGAGCUUUAACUCAGGAAUUCACUGCUGGGAUGUUGAAGUUGGAGAUGAUGAAGACUGGUUUGUGGGAGUGAUGUUAGAAUCUGCUGAGAGGAAGGGAGGUAUGUUCUCCAGGAGAGGAGUGUGGUAUCUGUGGCGGUGUUGGGAUGGUAAAUAUAGAGUCUGUUCUUCACCACAGAAAUCCACUGUUCUCUCAGUAUCAGUGAAAGUGAGGAGGGUGAGAGUUGAGCUGGACUGGAACAGAGGAAAACUCUCAUUCUCUGAUCCUCUCACUAACACACACUUACACACCAUCACACACACUUUCACUGAGAGACUCGUUCCAUUCUUCAAUACCUAUAGCGGCUCUCUAACUAUCAGUCCAGCUCAGAUCAGUGUAUCUGUGAAUCAGUUCAGAUCAGUGAAUCAGUUCAGAUCAGUGAAUCAGUGAAUCAGUUUGGUUUGAUUCUGAGGGCUCUAUCUUACACUCUGAUUAAGGCGUGUCGUGAUGCUCAUUGCUAUCUUACACCCCACCAACACUCUUUUUUCACUCCUUCCUCCUGCAUUGUUUAACCACAAUCUGAUUAUUUACGAGAAUUAGUACAUUUCUUUUGCGUGUUUUGAGCCGUGCAAUGUGUACUUUUCCCGUCGUUACGAUAGCAAAGACACACUGACCCACCCUGAAUCAAGGGGUUCACUGCUCACCUGUAGAUCACUAAAAUAGGAACCUGAAUGUUGUAAAUUAUUGUUUUUCUCCUCAGUUUGAAAGUACAGUUGCUCCGCCCACUCUUUACUCAUCAGUGGUAACGCCCCCAACACUCGUUUAUGAUCUCUGUAAUCAAAUAAAACACAAAGGAAUUAGAAGAAAUUCUACUUUUUAGUUUCUAUUCUCCUCACUUUAAAAUCUUUUCUGAUUUAGGGUUGUAUUUAGGGGUGUUGUUGGGUUAUAUUGUGUCUAACUAUAACACAUUAUUGAUUAUUAAAUUAAUUGAUUAUUGUUUCUUCAUUCUUGAUUUUUUUUAUAAACAGCUUGUUUUUGGUUCUGGACACAUCUAUAAAUUAAUUUCCUGCAGUUUCCUGUGUGUUUUAAUCUGUAUAAUGUUAUAAUCAUUAAUAAAUGUGCAGUAAAAUUGGUUUUAUGUUGUUGAAAACGUUUGAAAGUAAGUAAAGAUGAAUCUUCUCCAUUCAGUGUAAUAUAAUAAAUAUAUAAAAGAGCAGUUGUGGUGUGUUUUACUGCAGAACUCUACAGAACAGACUGUGUUACUCUAUAAAAUAAUCCAUUACAUGAAGAAAGAAUUUAGUAAAUAUGCUCUAGAUAUUCAUAUUCUAAAGCUAGAACCUGAAUAUCUAUUAAAUCAUUGAUUAUUAAUGGUUAUAAACAUGCUAUAGACUGGAUUUGGGGGCGUAUGGUAUAGAUGUG